GAUGACAUUUAGGAGUGUGCAGUCGAAGGGCAGUUGCAAGCUGGCAGUCGGCGUAUACUUGAUAUUUCGAGCGGAUACUUAAUUUUCAGCGAAAUACAGUCCUAGAUCUAAACUCAGUUAUUUGAUGUUAAGAAUUCAAGAAUUUAUCCUUGUCUUGGCAAUUGACAUUACAACAACUACCUUAUUUGUAGUUCACCAAUGAUGGGUGGUUUUGAGUAACUUUUCCUAAGUGCUUUUUAUACUCCUACCUCGAUAAACUAAAGUCCUUGACCCCUGGCUCAAAUCAAUAAUAAAUUCAGCUAAUUACCGGCCACCAACAAGCUAGUAAAUUCCCACUUAAUGCCAAACAGAAAUUCGAUACAUUCAGCCGCAAUGUAUGUAAUAAAUUUGGUUGUAUUUCGCAUUAUUAUAAUAACAAGCCACGUAAUAAAGGACAAUUGGCCAGCGCAAUGCGUGCCGCGGAGCCUUUUUUGGCCUGAUUUUUCGCCAUUCGGCCGCCUUUCAGGGGGUCGCAAGUGAAAGCGGGCUCCAUUGCCAUCACCCGACCAUAUUUUUAUACAUUUAUUUAACGCAUAUGAAGAAAAACGACUUGGUUGCGUGACCAGACGUCAACGAAUUAGAGCAAAAACAUUGACUUAAAAAUAUUAUACGUACAUGUGCACUGCGGGAAAGUACUAUUAUUAAAUGCAGACUAAACUCUGCAAAUUGGCUUCAAUUAUUUCAAAAUGUGUUUUUUUGAUAUAAAAAUUGGUCAUCAAUUCUCUUUGCAGACGCCUCUGAAACACUGACCACCACUUUGGACACGGCCAAGGAGACCGUUGGCACGGCGGUGGCGGGAAUUACCACUGAGCUGGGCAACGCCUUUAAGGAGGGCACUCAGGCUCUGGACGAGGCCAAGCACAAGGUGAUGGAGGGUCUGCACCUGGAAGAGCCACAGGAAUCCGAAUCGAAAACAGAUCCGGUAGAGGCAACGAUGAGCAGUUCCCGAGCACCAACGCCCAAAAUGCAGGAAGAUACGGAUAGCCUGAAGACCUCCACUCCAGAGCCGGAGAUCGAACGUGCUCUGGCCAACGAGGAGGAGAGCCCACCGACUCCGAAACCCUCGCUGGAGGAGAUGGUUCUGAUAAGUGCCGAAGUCUCGCAGGCAGUUGCUGCGGAUGCACCUGCUCCGCCGGCUGCCGAGCCUUCAUCCGCUCCAGCAACAGAUGCACCCGCAACCGAAUCCUCCGCUGCCGUGGAAAAUCGUAAAGUGCGCCGCAAAUUGGUCAAAACGAAAAAAAAGGAUGAAGAGGAACAUAGACCCAGUACCACCGAGUGGGAGAAAUUCGCAGAUCAGUUAGCCAAAAGCAAGAAGUUUAAGCCCUACGAAAGCUUUGCCCACGGUCAAAACAAGUUCUCCGUUUACCAGGAUUACACCAGUCUGAGGGAUAAGCCGAAUCACUACGAUGGUCAUUUUAGCGGUGGAAACUCACAGAGUGCCUCCCAAUCGGAUUUGUCCAGCGGCCACAUAACUCCAGCCCCCUCUCGCAGAGGGCAGCGGGAGUUUGCCAAAUUCGUGGGUUCCGAACAGGCGGGCAGUAUAUCCCGAUCCAGUUCCAGGCUCUCGAAUGCUGCCACUUCCAGGACCUUCGAUUUCAAUCCACAACGCGAACGCAUCAGUCUUUCACUGGCCAAUCGCAUUGGUUCCGGUAUUCAAAGAGCUCCUGCUGAAAGGAUUUCCGGUUGGGGUAGAGGAAGGCCGGCUCCAUUGGUGGAGGAACCUGGAUACGGACGCAGGAUGAGCCCUGGAGUUAUUCAACAACCUUUGAGAGCCGGAAGAGAGAAAUUCCUAGGCAAUGGAAGUCACCGGGCAGUAAAACCCAUAACCCCGACAAGGGAAAAGUCUUCCAAGAAGCAGCCUUCCAAGAUUAUUUCUUCGCGAGAGUCAUCUUAUUUGGAUUUCGAUCCUCGCAGUCCACUAAGUAUUAGCAAAACUUUACCAAAGGAUGUAGUACGGUCCAGAGAACAAUCUUUGAAUGAGUUUGAUUCCAUUAAGGCUCAAAGAACACCCUUAAAAGGAUCAAAGCCCUUAACUAAGGCUGUAGUGCCAUUAAGGAAUGUAUCUUCCAGAGAACCAUCUUAUUUGGAAAUAGAGUCUUUGGAAACCAAUCAUAAUCCUUCAAGGUUAGAAAACCCUUCAGUUAAGGAGACUGUUAAAUCUAGAGAGCCAUCCUACAUAGAAUUUGAUUCUUUCGAAGAGGAUAAAAGUCCGCGGAAAUCAGAAACUAUGGAAAAGAAAAUGGUACGCUCAAGAGAGCAUUCAUACCAUGAAAUUGAUUCCUAUAAAGCGCAAACAAGUCCUUUUAGAACAGCUCCACCCAUGCAAAUAGAUAAAGCCCCGAAACUACCUCAGAAUUUUACCGAAUCAAACAAUAUUUCAAAGGAGCACUUACCUCAGAGGGAUUGCAGUCCGAGUGAUGCAACCCAAACUUCAACAAACCAAAAUCAAUCCUCCGCACCCCAAACACCUAAAAAGACAGACACUCCAAAAGCGGUUGUUUCCAAAUCAAAGAUGCCAUCCCCACCGAUUUCCAGGGCUUCCAGCGCAAAAUCCUCAGACAGCAGCAAUUUAGAUGUGAUAAUCCAACCCAUGAGCAGUCUGAAUACACCUAGUAUAAAGUCCUUUACCCAGUCACCGGAUCAAGUUGUCAUGGAGGGCUAUGAGGAUUCCGAUUUGGAGGCUGCGCUGGCCAGGCUGGAAAUCUUGAGAGGAUCAACGGCCACAUUGCACUCCCUAAGAUCCUGCAGUCCUGGCAGGCACACCUAUACAGCCUCCUUACUAAGUUCUCGACGUACUUCGCCUUGGGUGAUGAGGAAGAAUUACGGAGGCACUCUGGGCCACAAAGUAAAGCCACAAGAAUUGGUGGAGUCCCCGAAAACUCCACAGGACAUUCAUCAAACCCUCGAACGCUGCGAUAUUUGCUACAAUGAGUUUCUUAUAAACUAGCUUGUUUAUCCUAUUCUUAAAUAUUUGUGAGAAAGUUUGUUUCCAUGAACGAGGAUAAUAGCGAACGUUGAGCUUGUAAUACUUUUAAAAUUCUUAUAUAUUUAUUAAAAUAAAUUUAUACACGAAAUUACCGCCGUAAAUAGCUGAGAAGAUAGUUCUAAUCUACUAUUUUUACUUUCAUUUCGAAGUAUCAUAAAUGAAAUGUUAGAUAGGUACUUAAGAAAAUGUAUAUUUUUUUAUAUAACAUAGAAUAACCACAUGGCUCCACCCACAUAUUUACGCUGAAAAUAAAAAGUAUAUGUACUAAUAGA